AUGGGCUCCUGCGAGAGCAAGGAGCUGGCUGAGCAGAAGAAAGCGUCGAAAAAUAUCGAUCGGGCGCUCGAGAGAGUUGCCGCGUAUACGGUUCAGAAGCUUUUACUGCUUGGGCCUGGGGAAAGCGGGAAAUCGACAUGCUUGAAGCAAAUGCAAAUUCUCCACCAAGAUGGCUUCUCAAAAGAGGAAAUCAAAGAAAAAAGACGCAUCGUAUAUGUGAACAUUGUCAGCUUCAUGAGCAUCAUCCUACGGGCCGCCGAAGAGCGACAUUAUUUUAUUGAGCCCGACCUGGAUUCAGCACGAGAAUUGGUCCAUCGUGCGGCGGCGCUCCGAGAAAUAGAGGAAAUACCGCCAAAUUUGCAACUCGGAUUACAAAAAUUAUGGAAGGACAAGAAUGUGUUGAAAAUCUAUGAAACACGAGGCGAAUAUCACCUAUCAGAUUCGGCUGCCUAUUUUUUCGAUAAUCUGGACCGUAUUUGUGAGAAGGGGUACCAGCCAAGUCAUGAAGACAUUCUGCAUACGAGGGUACCCACCACUGGUGUAGUACAAAUGAGCUUCAAGGCAAAAGGAUUGAAUUUUGAAGUCUAUGAUGUUGUUGCUAUAUCGGAAUACGAUCAACUUUUAAAAGAAGACGAUCGGACGAACCGUCUUCUCGAAGCCCUCGAACUGUACGAUAGUGUCGUAAAUGCACGGUUCUUCCUAAAAACUGGUAUUAUCCUCUUCCUCAACAAAAAGGACCUAUUCGCCGAGAAAAUCAAGAGCACAUCCCUCAAAGUCUGCUUUGCUGCAUAUAAAGGUGAAAACAAUUAUAAUGACGGCGUUGCAUAUAUUAAACGCCAAUUUGACAAGCUGGAUCGGCGUGUGUUGCAAGCCGACGCAGCAACUAGAGGAAAACAGGUAUACAUCCACGAGACGUGCGCUACGGAUACCUCCCAAGUACAAGUCGUCAUCCGAUCCGUCAUUGACACAAUAAUUCAAGAAAAUCUCAGGGAUACCGGCAUGUUG